CAAGGCACGCGCGUAUGAGUGUGUGUCUGUGCGUGCGCCUGGGUGUGUGUGUGUGUUUCUCCCCCAACAUCUUGUCUCGGUCGCAGAUGGUGCAUUGACCGCUGUCAAACCAGCCGCCACAACGCAAAGUUGAAGUCAAGCCAGCCGCCACAGCGAUUGUAAAUACUGUAUCGUUACGGCUCACACUUCUGCAAGUAGAAGCCGUAUGCCUGAUCGAACGACCCUUGGCUGCAUACCAAUAGUUGUGGUAACCAAAGCCAUACUUGAAAUUGGCCCUGCAGUCAGUGUGUGAGCAGUGGGUCAUUUGCAUGGGGUAGGGCUGACCUCUGAAAGCAGGCUUUUAUCACCGAGUUCAGUACAAGCUGCAUGCGGCAACAUGGCUGAACAUUUCCACAUAAACACGCCCUUACUGGAAAGUGCUGCAAUGUCCAAACGUGUGGGAACCACUGUGUAUCUGAAAAUGGAGAAUUCCCAGCCCUCUGGUUCUUUCAAGAUCCGCGGCAUUGGGUACUUGUGCCAACAGCUUAAGUCACGGUCCAAAGGAUUUGUCUGCUCCUCAGGUUGCCUCUUUUUCGGAACCUUGUCAUAUUAUCACUUAAAUAUUGGUACAGUACUAUACAGUAGUUGGUUGAGCUGUGUACAUGAUGUCUUUAUUCCAGGUGGAAAUGCUGGGAUGGCGGCUGCCUAUGUAACCCGAAAAAUGGGUGUCCCGGCCACCAUAAUAAUUCCCUCAUCAACGCCUCAUUCUGUUGUCCAGAGACUCAAGGAUCAAGGUGCUCAUGUCAAGAUUGUGGGCAAGGUUUGGGAUGAUGCAAACGCUGAAGCUCUAAGACUCGUCAAAACAGAGGGACUUUCCUAUGUGUCUCCGUUUGAUCAUCCCUUGAUCUGGAAGGGACAUUCUAGUCUGAUCGCAGAGGCGGCAGCCAGUCUGGGUCCAAAUGUCAAGCCUGGAGCAGUACUGAUAUCAGUGGGCGGAGGGGGCCUCCUCUGUGGGGUCGUCCAGGGUCUGAAGGAUGUAGGCUGGAUGGACGUGCCCAUUGUCGCCAUGGAAACAGUUGGCGCAGACUGUUUGAAUGCUUCCGUUAAGACAGGAAGGAUCGUCACCUUGGAUGACAUCACCAGUGAAGCUAAAUGUCUUGGUGCAAAGACAGUUUGCACAAAAGCUUUUGAAUACAGUCAGAGCAAUGAGAUCACAAUCAUUUCGGAAGUGGUUACUGACAAGCAGGCUCUUCAUGCUGUGGAAACAUUCCUGGAUGAGGAGCGUGUCCUGGUGGAAAUGGCAUGUGGAGCAACACUUGCGGCUGUCUACAGCGGAGUUGUGCACCGAUUACAGGCAGAGGGUCGUCUACCGGCUCUCUUGGACCCCCUGCUGGUGAUAGUGUGUGGAGGCAGCAACAUAGACACGGAGCAACUAUCUAUUUUGAAACAUAAGCUGCAGACAAAGUAAUUGUGUAGCAGAAUAAGUGUUCAAAAUGCACAACAGAGAUGAAUUUAUUGUAAGAGAUAAUUUAAUGUGACUGUCAUGUUAUGAAUGUAUCUUAAAAAUGCCAUUUUAGAAAUGUACAUUGUCUUAAAGUUGUUGUUGUUUUUUGAUUACCUAAAAAAAAUCGGUAUAUGAAAAACGAUAAUGUCCAAUAGUAUGUAUAUUUGGGGACUUUUUUUGGGAGGGGGUGGGGGCAAUAAAUGUUCAUUUACCAUGCUUGCCCACCUGGUGGUGUUGCAGUCCAUUGUUCUGGCACCCUGAAAUCCUUUUGCAAUUUACCAUUGCAAUUUUUUUCUAGAGGAAAAAGGGAAUUAGACCUUACCACUAUGUUGUCUUGGACUUCGGCAUUUUCUUCUCGUUGAUGUAAGGAAAACACCCUCGAACAUUUGUGCUCACUAGCCCAUUUUUAGACUUGAUGACAAUAAAUGGACUUGUCUGUUUGGCAUCUGACAUGAGACUGAAUCAGAGCAGGGCCAAUGUGGCGUCCCACUUUGUCGGGAUUUCUGCACACUCUUUAAAACAUGCAAAUGUGUUCUUUAAUUUACAGGAGAACAUGUCACCUGAUUUACACGCUUCACAAAUGACAAAUAAAUGCAAAAUCAUCUGAAUAACCAUACAGUUUGCACACAAUAACUGCGUGUUAGCUACAUUAAUGCUGUUCAAUAACUGCACAC